CAAAAACUCCGGACCUGUGGUCAUGGCUGCAUCAAGGCUCGUGCUUCGCCUGCAGCGCUCCAUGCUGCUCUCGCCGCGUAUCCAGAGCUUUGCUGCCGUCAACCAGUCACACACGACGCGUUUCUUCUCAACUACACCGCGAGGAUUCUUGAACGUGCUCCAAUUCGCCACCAUCCAGCCACCGAAUGGUCAAUUGACACCCCAGGACUUUCGCUUCAAGGCGGCAUUGGUGGUCAAUACAGCGUCGAAAUGCGGCCACGCUGGCCAGCUAAAGCAGCUACAAACACUACACGAGAAGUACGGUGAACAGGGCCUCGUAGUGGUCGCAGUACCGUCGAACGACUUCGCCGGCCAAGAGCCUGGAAACGUCGACGAAAUUCUGGAUCGAUACAAAGAAUUUGGCGUCACGUUCGCUAUUGCGGACAAGACGCCAGUAACGGGAGAUAAGGCCCACCCGUUCUUUAAGAAGAUCGCGGACAAGUACAGCACAUCGGUGGCUCCUACGUGGAAUUUUGACAAGUUUUUGGUGGAUCAUCGAGGGGACAUGAGGGCAGUAUUCCCGAACGAUACUGAGCCAUUGGUGAAGGAGGUCAUUGUGGAGAUCGAGGAGGUGCUGGAGGAUCUGCCACGAGGACUGGAACCUGGUGAGGAACUCGAGGAGGACUAUGAAGAGGAAGACAGUGACGAGAGCGACGAGGAACGUGGAGAUGAUGGAGACAAGAAUGGACGAUACUAGUAGCGACGCAAUGGCUUGUGUAAUUAGGUUAUUACUGCGAAGUAGUGAUUACAAGUUUUGAUAUCCUUAGCGUUGAGUAAUCCUCCUGUUUAAAAGGCAUCGCUCGAGCUAACAUCGGAGCUGUACACCCCUUCGUACGCGUCCUCUGUAGCCAAAAACUCCAGUACGAUUUCAGACGGUGCAGUGAGGUUGAACUCGGGUUGGUUCUCCACACACGACUUGUUCAUCUUCUUCAAGUCGCC